UGGCUGUGUGCUGGACUUUGUACACCUGUCUGCAACGGGUGUGGCUGAAAUAGCCUAAUCCAUAAAUUUUUUUGAGGGGGUGUCCACAUACUUUCAUAAAUAUAGUGUACAUGAAUCUAGAACUCCAGAUUCCAGCUGUUUUUAAAUCACUAGUAUGUAAAAUCAAACAUGACGAUGAAUGUGAUCACUUUAUUUUAUGGACUUGAAUAUUCUUAUUGUGGUGAUGCUGCUGCUUUGAUGGUGAAGGUCUAGUAGAGGAUACUGGCUUCUACCAAACAUCAUCUGGUCUAGUUUGUUCUUCGCUUUGUUCCCAUGCCUGAAAUCUGUCUUCCCAUAGCCUGGUCCCAGACCGGUUUCUCUUGUCCUGCCAAAAUGACUAUAAGGUGUCGGCUUGGCUCCACCACAAACCCAUCUGACAACAGGUUCCAUCUUAUUCCAUCUUUUCUCAUUCUUCUUCUCUGGUUUUGGAAGCAGCAUAGAGUGCACACCAACACAUUCCAUACUGUCUGUCAGUUGGUUCUUCUUCUCUGGUUUUGGAAGCAGAAUAGAGUAUACACCAACACAUUCCAUGCUGUCUUGUCAGUUGGUUCUUCUUCUCUGGUUUUGGAAGCAGAGUAGAGUAUACACCAACACAUUCCAUGCUGUCUUGUCAGUUGGUUCUUCUUCUCUGGUUUUGGAAGCAGAGUAGAGUAUACACCAACACAUUCCAUGCUGUCGGUCAGUUGGUUCUUCUUCUCUGGUUUUAGAAGCAGCGUAGAGUAUACACCAACACAUUCCAUGCUGUCGGUCAGUUGGUUCUUCUUCUCUGGUUUUAGAAGCAGAGUAGAGUAUACACCAACACAUUCCAUGCUGUCUGUAAGUUGGUUCUUCUUCUCUGGUUUUAGAAGCAGAGUAGAGUAUACACCAACACAUUCCAUGCUGUCUGUCAGUUGGUUCUUCUUCUCUGGUUUUAGAAGCAGAGUAGAGUAUACACCAACACAUUCCAUGCUGUCUGUCAGUUGGUUCUUCUUCUCUGGUUUUGGAAACAGAGUAGAGUAUACACCAACACAUUCCAUGCUGUCUGUCAGUUGGUUCUUCUUCUCUGGUUUUGGAAGCAGAGUAGAGUAUACACCAACACAUUCCAUGCUGUCUGUCAGUUGGUUCUUCUUCUCUGGUUUUGGAAGCAGCGUAGAGUAUACACCAACACAUUCCAUGCUGUCUGUCAGUUGGUUCUUCUUCUCUGGUUUUGGAAGCAGAGUAGAGUAUACACCAACACAUUCCAUGCUGUCUGUCAGUUGGUUCUUCUUCUCUGGUUUUUGGAAGCAGAGUAGAGUAUACACCAACACAUUCCAUGCUGUCUGUCAGUUGGUUCUUCUUCUCUGGUUUUGGAAGCAGCGUAGAGUAUACACCAACACAUUCCAUGCUGUCUGUAAGUUGGUUCUUCUUCUCUGGUUUUGGAAGCAGCGUAGAGUAUACACCAACACAUUCCAUGCUGUCUGUCAGUUGGUUCUUCUUCUCUGGUUUUGGAAGCAGAGUAGAGUAUACACCAACACAUUCCAUGCUGUCUGUCAGUUGGUUCUUCUUCUCUGGUUUUGGAAGCAGAGUAUACACCAACACAUUCCAUGCUGUCUUGUCAGUUGGUUCUUCUUCUCUGGUUUUGGAAGCAGAGUAGAGUAUACACCAACACAUUCCAUGCUGUCGGUCAGUUGGUUCUUCUUCUCUGGUUUUAGAAGCAGCGUAGAGUAUACACCAACACAUUCCAUGCUGUCGGUCAGUUGGUUCUUCUUCUCUGGUUUUAGAAGCAGAGUAGAGUAUACACCAACACAUUCCAUGCUGUCUGUAAGUUGGUUCUUCUUCUCUGGUUUUAGAAGCAGAGUAGAGUAUACACCAACACAUUCCAUGCUGUCUGUCAGUUGGUUCUUCUUCUCUGGUUUUAGAAGCAGAGUAGAGUAUACACCAACACAUUCCAUGCUGUCUGUCAGUUGGUUCUUCUUCUCUGGUUUUGGAAACAGAGUAGAGUAUACACCAACACAUUCCAUGCUGUCUGUCAGUUGGUUCUUCUUCUCUGGUUUUGGAAGCAGAGUAGAGUAUACACCAACACAUUCCAUGCUGUCUGUCAGUUGGUUCUUCUUCUCUGGUUUUGGAAGCAGCGUAGAGUAUACACCAACACAUUCCAUGCUGUCUGUCAGUUGGUUCUUCUUCUCUGGUUUUGGAAGCAGAGUAGAGUAUACACCAACACAUUCCAUGCUGUCUGUCAGUUGGUUCUUCUUCUCUGGUUUUUGGAAGCAGAGUAGAGUAUACACCAACACAUUCCAUGCUGUCUGUCAGUUGGUUCUUCUUCUCUGGUUUUGGAAGCAGCGUAGAGUAUACACCAACACAUUCCAUGCUGUCUGUAAGUUGGUUCUUCUUCUCUGGUUUUGGAAGCAGCGUAGAGUAUACACCAACACAUUCCAUGCUGUCUGUCAGUUGGUUCUUCUUCUCUGGUUUUGGAAGCAGAGUAGAGUAUACACCAACACAUUCCAUGCUGUCUGUCAGUUGGUUCUUCUUCUCUGGUUUUGGAAGCAGAGUAUACACCAACACAUUCCAUGCUGUCUGUCAGUUGGUUGUCUCUCUCAAAAAAGCUGUUGAAUAUUUUUAUUAUUCUAAUAAUGUGUAUACCAGAAUUAAGUCUUCACUAUUUCUGAGAAUGGGGCCUCCUCUUUCCUGAAUUUAGAAAUAAUGUUUUGAAAAAGUGUGCAGAAAUGUGAUGACGGGACUAUACUGACGGGCAGAAUCAUACAACAUUCCCUGGAGUUAGCCUGGCUCCAGGUCUGUUUGUGCUUUUACCUACUUCAUGCUGUCAGCCAAGACGAGGAGUGGCACGGUGGCACAAACAGACUGGUAGCCAGGCUACAUUGGAGUUGGCAAGACCGCACAAGCAGAUCUGGGAUCCAGGCUAACAACCUGCCUUGUGCUUCCUGCUGUCUAACACGUAAAGCUGCCUAACACUUCAUGAUAGACGGACCGACACUUCAUUAAAUCUACUCUGUCCACCAGCACAGCAUUUAAACAGCUUUUAUUUAGACAAACAAACGGGGCAGUUGGAAAAAGUGUCAUCUCUCUAGUCACAGAGCCUGGGGGACGAGGUGUCAUCUCUAGUCACUGAGCCUGGGGGACGAGGUGCCAUCUCUAGUAACUGAGCCCGGGGGACGAGGUGCCAUCUCUAGUCACUGAGCCUGGGGGAUGAGGUGUCAUCCCUAGUCACUGAGCCUGGGGGAUGAGGUGUCAUCUCUACUCACUGAGCCUGGGGACGAGGUGUCGUCUCUAGUCACUGAGCCUGGGGGACGAGGUGUCAUCUCUAGUCACUGAGCCUGGGGGAAGAGGUGUCAUCUCUAGUCACUGAGCCUGGGGACGAGGUGUCAUCUCUAGUCACUGAGCCUGGGGGACGAGGUGCCAUCUCUAGUCACUGAGUCUGGGGACAGGUGUCAUCUCUAGUAACUGAGCCUGGGGACGAGGUGUUGUCUCUAGUCACUGAGCCUGGGGACGAGGUGUCGUUGGUUGGGGUGGGCAU